UUCGGCUGUCCAUGUGCCACGCUCUGGGGCUGUCCCAACCGCAGCGCCCCGAAAAAUCGCAGCAGCAACGCCGUCAACCGCUGCACGCAGUGCAACCCAAGCAACUCCUACGCCGCCACCGAAUGAGCCACCCCGUCUCCGAUGUCCACUUUGUUGUCGCGCUCACAGGUUGCCACACUGCCGCAUAUUUAAAGGGAUGCAACCUCAACAACGUCUGCAGAUAGCCCAGGCCCAUCACCAUUGCCUGAUUUGCCUGGCGCCCACCCAUAACACACAGGAGUGCACGUCCAGCUAUCUGUACCAGAUAUGUAUGCUUCCGCACCACUCACUCCUGCACCGCAACAUCAGCUCCGAAACUGGGCGACACCCUGCUCCACACAACCGCGGGGGUAGAAGACGUCCCAUACGACAUCAACAACGAAGGCCGACAACUUCUCCGGACGACUCCCGUUCGUGGCAACAUUACGACGCCAUACGGCGGCAUCGGACUAGGCCACAAUCCCGUCGUCCAACCGGCCUCAGCAACGUGGUAGCCACCCUACAACAACUCCAGCGCUUACUAGGCUAAAAAUUUGCCUAGGGGGGCCGGGAUGGCUAAAUGAGCCUCAAUCCCCGAUGCUCCACCAACAUCAAUCCCGGAAAACGAAAAACACCAUGGACACACACCAUUCCCCACAUUCAACAUACGCAUCACUAACACGCUACAUUCACCACACUCACCACCACCUACAAUCCACACCAUACAUCACUCACGAGAGAAUUACACAUACACACUGCACACCGACACACACACAUAAGCUCAACCGAUAACAGCACUCUCGUGUGCGCCAACAUCUACGAGUAUACAAAAGGGAUCGACCGACGGACAUCUGGCACUUUUUUUUUGAUAUCAUCAGCGAUCAUCAACACGCACGUUUUUUUUCGUAAUUUCCGAUAAACGAGCAUCUCGGCGGCCCAAUAUUUUUUAUAUUUUUUAUACAUAAAUUUAAUAAAUUAUAAUUCAAAAUAAUUAUCUAUUCAAAACGUUAUACCUUUAAAUCCAAAUAUCCUUUGGUGAAACCCUUUCGAAGGGAAUGCGUUAAAGUGUAAAUUGAAAUAAACGAAAAGCAAAGAAGCAAAAGACAACACCACUUAUUUUAUUUCUUCGGUAUUUGUAAAAAGCAUUCUCAACCAUAAUUGUUACUUCAUUCCUCUGCAUUCUACAAAUUCAUACCCAAAUUUCGAAGGUGUUUUAAAUGAACAUGGUGCAAAAUAUCUAAUAACAGACCUCAAAUAUGAUGAAAAUAGAUAUUGCAAAGAAAUUGGCCUUUUGAAGGUUCUGGACAAAAAAAUGUACUUCCAUGAAAACACAGGCUUGGAUAGAAAAUUAUAUAAUGAGGGUUAUGAUCUUUGCUAUAGUAUUUCAACAUCAGGAAGUACAGGUCUUCCGAAAAUCGUACAAGUACCUUAUUCUUGUGUGGAACCAAAUAUUUUAGUAUUAUGUUCAUUGUUAAAAUUAUCGGAAAAGGACGUAAUAUACUUGUGUGCACCAUCCACUUUUGAUCCUUUUGUAGUAGAUUUAUUUUUGGCACUAAAUUCCGGAGCGACUUUGUUGAUUUGUCCUGCUAACUUAAGAUUGAAUCCCAAAAAAAUGCUUAGUAUUCUUUGGCCUCGUGGCCAACGGGGUUUAAAAGGAACAACUAUUUUGCAGGCAACUCCUUCAUUUUUCCGACUAUUCGGAGAAGUUCUUAUUAGAGAAGUCAUAUUACAUGAAAACAAUUCAUUGCGAUGUUUAAUUUUAGGUGGAGAAAAUUUUCCCAGCAGAAAGGAAUGGAAUUCUUGGUUGCCAAAUGUACCUGUAAAAACGCGUAUUUUUAACAUUUACGGUACAACGGAAGUGUCUUGCUGGUCCACAAUACAUGAGUGCGAUUUCAAUGACCAAUGGGAAAGAGCUCCUAUUGGUACUGCCCUAGACGACGAUACUACUCUAUACAUUACUGACUCGAAUGGAAAGGAACUAUUGGGAACAUGCGAAGGAGUGUUAAAAAUUGGUAGUGCAACUCGAAAGUGCUAUAUUCCUUCCACAGAUGGUUUGUUACGACACAAAAAUGAUGAAAUGUGUUUCCGUAACACUGGAGAUCUGGUGUUCCGUGAUGAAUUUGGGAGAGUAUUUUAUAUAGGUAGGACAGACAGCAUUAUUAAACGACUAGGAGUUCGGUUCAAUCUUGAAAGCCUACAACAAAAGAUUCAAAAGAUUUUGAAUAGUACUUCCAGUAAUGUUAAAUGUAUUUGGCAUGAAGAAACGCGUAAACUCGUCUGCUUUGUGCAAACUAUUUCUAAUGCUGAUGCAACGGAAUUGAUGCACAUCCGACGACGUUUGAUACAAAAUUUGUUGGAAAUAGAUCGACCUGACGAUAUAGUAUUUAUUUCAUCAUUCCCACUAAACUCGCAUGGAAAAAUAGAUAGUCAAACUCUCAUGAAGAAAAUAGCCAACAAAUCAUUUACGAGUUCAGCAGAUCCCAAGGGAAUUUUUCACACAUUUAUCACCGAAACUUUGGGAGUUGAUUUAAUGAGAAAAAAUGCAUCUGAAGCAUCUAUUGAAAAUAUGCCGGGUCUAAACAUGUCAUUUAAUGCUGCUGGUGGUACAUCUUUUCAGGCGCUUUCGUUGGUUAGUCAAAUUGGAGCGAUAUUGGAGCAUCAAUGUGAUCAAAAUGAAUUAUUAGCAAUGCUACUAAGCUCCCAGCACUCUUUAGAAACUAUCAUGAACUUUCUUGCAGCGUGCUCGGUAUCAAAAUUACAAGUGAUAUCUAAAACAUUGCCAGUUAAUUCCAGCAGUUAUGUAAAAAAACGGUUUAAGUUUCUUUGGAGCACUAGUCUAAAUAAAUGUGUUGAUUCAGCACCCUGCAUUGUCGGUGAUAAAUGGGUAUGUGUUGGUUCACACUCACACAUUUUAAAAACACUUGACACGCAACUAGGAGCACCUAUGGCGGUUCUGGAAUUGCCAGACAGAAUCGAGUGCAAGGUGGAAAUAGUGUCAAAUAUGAAUACCUCCUACAUAGCAGUAGUUGGGUGCUAUGAUCAACAUGUAUACGCGUUUAAUUUUACGAAUGGUCAUAUUUACUGGAGGAUAGAUUUAGGUGGACUGAUUAAAGCUAAGCCUCUAAGUUGUGCAACUGGACUGGUUGUAGCUACAUAUGGCGAACAGUUCAAUGUUGUGUGUAUUUCUUUGAAGACAAAGAAUUAUAUUUGGCGCAAAAAAAUUGGAACGAAAGGAAUCUUUGCCAACCCUGUCGCUAUGAACUCAAGGGAGGUGAUUAUUUGUACACUUGACGGCAGUUACUGCAGAAUCCUUUCGAAUUCUGGGAUUUUAUUGUGGCUAAGAAAGUGUGAGUCCCCGAUAUUUUCGUCACCUGUUGUAAUUAGCGAAGACAGCGUAAUUCUCGUAGCCGAAGUUGCUGGAAAGGUACACAUCUGCAACGCGGAAAACGGUGAAUUGAUGAAGACAUUUUGUGCUGGAUAUCCUAUAUUUUCUGCUUUGACUAUAUUAGAGGAUAUUGGUAGUAAGAGAAAUGUCUUGUUCGGUUGCUACGAUAAACAUGUUUACUGUUUACGGUAUCAAAGUUUAGUUGAGAAGACGCUACAAAGGGCGUGUAAAUUAGAUUUAUUAUGGAAGAAACAACUUGAAAGUAAUAUUUUUGCGUCACCUUUGGUAAUUUCUUUACAAGAAGCUGUAUAUGUAUUAUGUUGCUCCACCAGUGGAUUAAUAGCUCUUUUGCACAUUGAAACUGGUGGAGAAAAUUUUCCCAGCAGAAAGGAAUGGAAUUCUUGGUUGCCAAAUGUACCUGUAAAAACGCGUAUUUUUAACAUUUACGGUACAACGGAAGUGUCUUGCUGGUCCACAAUACAUGAGUGCGAUUUCAAUGACCAAUGGGAAAGAGCUCCUAUUGGUACUGCCCUAGACGACGAUACUACUCUAUACAUUACUGACUCGAAUGGAAAGGAACUAUUGGGAACAUGCGAAGGAGUGUUAAAAAUUGGUAGUGCAACUCGAAAGUGCUAUAUUCCUUCCACAGAUGGUUUGUUACGACACAAAAAUGAUGAAAUGUGUUUCCGUAACACUGGAGAUCUGGUGUUCCGUGAUGAAUUUGGGAGAGUAUUUUAUAUAGGUAGGACAGACAGCAUUAUUAAACGACUAGGAGUUCGGUUCAAUCUUGAAAGCCUACAACAAAAGAUUCAAAAGAUUUUGAAUAGUACUUCCAGUAAUGUUAAAUGUAUUUGGCAUGAAGAAACGCGUAAACUCGUCUGCUUUGUGCAAACUAUUUCUAAUGCUGAUACAACGGAAUUGAUGCACAUCCGACGACGUUUGAUACAAAAUUUGUUGGAAAUAGAUCGACCUGACGAUAUAGUAUUUAUUUCAUCAUUCCCACUAAACUCGCAUGGAAAAAUAGAUAGUCAAACUCUCAUGAAGAAAAUAGCCAACAAAUCAUUUACGAGUUCAGCAGAUCCCAAGGGAAUUUUUCACACAUUUAUCACCGAAACUUUGGGAGUUGAUUUAAUGAGAAAAAAUGCAUCUGAAGCAUCUAUUGAAAAUAUGCCGGGUCUAAACAUGUCAUUUAAUGCUGCUGGUGGUACAUCUUUUCAGGCGCUUUCGUUGGUUAGUCAAAUUGGAGCGAUAUUGGAGCAUCAAUGUGAUCAAAAUGAAUUAUUAGCAAUGCUACUAAGCUCCCAGCACUCUUUAGAAACUAUCAUGAACUUUCUUGCAGCGUGCUCGGUAUCAAAAUUACAAGUGAUAUCUAAAACAUUGCCAGUUAAUUCCAGCAGUUAUGUAAAAAAACGGUUUAAGUUUCUUUGGAGCACUAGUCUAAAUAAAUGUGUUGAUUCAGCACCCUGCAUUGUCGGUGAUAAAUGGGUAUGUGUUGGUUCACACUCACACAUUUUAAAAACACUUGACACGCAACUAGGAGCACCUAUGGCGGUUCUGGAAUUGCCAGACAGAAUCGAGUGCAAGGUGGAAAUAGUGUCAAAUAUGAAUACCUCCUACAUAGCAGUAGUUGGGUGCUAUGAUCAACAUGUAUACGCAUUUAAUUUUACGAAUGGUCAUAUUUACUGGAGGAUAGAUUUAGGUGGACUGAUUAAAGCUAAGCCUCUAAGUUGUGCAACUGGACUGGUUGUAGCUACAUAUGGCGAACAGUUCAAUGCUGUGUGUAUUUCUUUGAAGACAAAGAAUUAUAUUUGGCGCAAAAAAAUUGGAACGAAAGGAAUCUUUGCCAACCCUGUCGCUAUGAACUCAAGGGAGGUGAUUAUUUGUACACUUGACGGCAGUUACUGCAGAAUCCUUUCGAAUUCUGGGAUUUUAUUGUGGCUAAGAAAGUGUGAGUCCCCGAUAUUUUCGUCACUUGUUGUAAUUAGCGAAGACAGCGUAAUUCUCGUAGCCGAAGUUGCUGGAAAGGUACACAUCUGCAACGCGGAAAACGGUGAAUUGAUGAAGACAUUUUGUGCUGGAUAUCCUAUAUUUUCUGCUUUGACUAUAUUAGAGGAUAUUGGUAGUAAGAGAAAUGUCUUGUUCGGUUGCUACGAUAAACAUGUUUACUGUUUACGGUAUCAAAGUUUAGUUGAGAAGACGCUACAAAGGGCGUGUAAAUUAGAUUUAUUAUGGAAGAAACAACUUGAAAGUAAUAUUUUUGCGUCACCUUUGGUAAAUUCUUUACAAGAAGCUGUAUAUGUAUUAUGUUGCUCCACCAGUGGAUUAAUAGCUCUUUUGCACAUUGAAACUGGUGGAGAAAAUUUUCCCAGCAGAAAGGAAUGGAAUUCUUGGUUGCCAAAUGUACCUGUAAAAACGCGUAUUUUUAACAUUUACGGUACAACGGAAGUGUCUUGCUGGUCCACAAUACAUGAGUGCGAUUUCAAUGACCAAUGGGAAAGAGCUCCUAUUGGUACUGCCCUAGACGACGAUACUACUCUAUACAUUACUGACUCGAAUGGAAAGGAACUAUUGGGAACAUGCGAAGGAGUGUUAAAAAUUGGUAGUGCAACUCGAAAGUGCUAUAUUCCUUCCACAGAUGGUUUGUUACGACACAAAAAUGAUGAAAUGUGUUUCCGUAACACUGGAGAUCUGGUGUUCCGUGAUGAAUUUGGGAGAGUAUUUUAUAUAGGUAGGACAGACAGCAUUAUUAAACGACUAGGAGUUCGGUUCAAUCUUGAAAGCCUACAACAAAAGAUUCAAAAGAUUUUGAAUAGUACUUCCAGUAAUAUUAAAUGUAUUUGGCAUGAAGAAACGCGUAAACUCGUCUGCUUUGUGCAAACUAUUUCUAAUGCUGAUACAAAGGAAUUGAUGCACAUCCGACGACGUUUGAUACAAAAUUUGUUGGAAAUAGAUCGACCUGACGAUAUAGUAUUUAUUUCAUCAUUCCCACUAAACUCGCAUGGAAAAAUAGAUAGUCAAACUCUCAUGAAGAAAAUAGCCAACAAAUCAUUUACGAGUUCAGCAGAUCCCAAGGGAAUUUUUCACACAUUUAUCACCGAAACUUUGGGAGUUGAUUUAAUGAGAAAAAAUGCAUCUGAAGCAUCUAUUGAAAAUAUGCCGGGUCUAAACAUGUCAUUUAAUGCUGCUGGUGGUACAUCUUUUCAGGCGCUUUCGUUGGUUAGUCAAAUUGGAGCGAUAUUGGAGCAUCAAUGUGAUCAAAAUGAAUUAUUAGCAAUGCUACUAAGCUCCCAGCACUCUUUAGAAACUAUCAUGAACUUUCUUGCAGCGUGCUCGGUAUCAAAAUUACAAGUGAUAUCUAAAACAUUGCCAGUUAAUUCCAGCAGUUAUGUAAAAAAACGGUUUAAGUUUCUUUGGAGCACUAGUCUAAAUAAAUGUGUUGAUUCAGCACCCUGCAUUGUCGGUGAUAAAUGGGUAUGUGUUGGUUCACACUCACACAUUUUAAAAACACUUGACACGCAACUAGGAGCACCUAUGGCGGUUCUGGAAUUGCCAGACAGAAUCGAGUGCAAGGUGGAAAUAGUGUCAAAUAUGAAUACCUCCUACAUAGCAGUAGUUGGGUGCUAUGAUCAACAUGUAUACGCAUUUAAUUUUACGAAUGGUCAUAUUUACUGGAGGAUAGAUUUAGGUGGACUGAUUAAAGCUAAGCCUCUAAGUUGUGCAACUGGACUGGUUGUAGCUACAUAUGGCGAACAGUUCAAUGCUGUGUGUAUUUCUUUGAAGACAAAGAAUUAUAUUUGGCGCAAAAAAAUUGGAACGAAAGGAAUCUUUGCCAACCCUGUCGCUAUGAACUCAAGGGAGGUGAUUAUUUGUACACUUGACGGCAGUUACUGCAGAAUCCUUUCGAAUUCUGGGAUUUUAUUGUGGCUAAGAAAGUGUGAGUCCCCGAUAUUUUCGUCACCUGUUGUAAUUAGCGAAGACAGCGUAAUUCUCGUAGCCGAAGUUGCUGGAAAGGUACACAUCUGCAACGCGGAAAACGGUGAAUUGAUGAAGACAUUUUGUGCUGGAUAUCCUAUAUUUUCUGCUUUGACUAUAUUAGAGGAUAUUGGUAGUAAGAGAAAUGUCUUGUUCGGUUGCUACGAUAAACAUGUUUACUGUUUACGGUAUCAAAGUUUAGUUGAGAAGACGCUACAAAGGGCGUGUAAAUUAGAUUUAUUAUGGAAGAAACAACUUGAAAGUAAUAUUUUUGCGUCACCUUUGGUAAUUUCUUUACAAGAAGCUGUAUAUGUAUUAUGUUGCUCCACCAGUGGAUUAAUAGCUCUUUUGCACAUUGAAACUGGUGAGAUGAUUGCAAAAUAUAAAUUGAGUGCAGAGAUUUUUUCGACUCCUUGCAAUCUGAACAAUCAAAUAUUUAUAGGUUGUAGGGAUAACUUUUUGUAUUCAUUUAGCAUACACUAAAAAAAAUGCGAAAUAAAAAAUGAGUUAAAGAUGACAAAAUGAAUAAAA